AAUUUUAUAUCAAUAGCAACUAGACUUCACUAAAUAUUGUUUGUACAUAACUAUUUUAUUAUUAUUCAUAAUAAUAAAUUACCUGUUUGUUUUUUCUAAAACUUUUGUAAUGGACAAUAAAGAAAAAUCUAUUGUUACUCCUAUAAUUGAUUCACUUCCAUUAAGGGAUACUAACAAUGACACAGUUGAUGUUAUUAAACAUGAAAAAUUGACUCAAAUUUAUAAAGGUCCCAUGGUAAGAGGUUGUUAUCAUGGCCUAGGUUUAAUAACGUGGGUACAAGAAAAUGAAAAGCAAAUAUAUGAAGGGUAUUUUUAUGUAAAUCAGAUUCACGGUUAUGGUCGUAUGAUUUAUGGCAAUGGUUUGAUUUUUGAGGGACUGUUUAAAGAUAACAUGCGUUUUGGACCUGGUGUGAUGACGUAUCCUGAUAAGUUCCAAGAAGUGGGUUUUUGGGUAGGGACUAGUAUUUUUCGUUUAAGUUAUAAUUUGACAACUCGUUUAGUUCCAUCAUAUUCAUCAAAUGUUUCUAUCAAAAUAAAAUUGCUUCAGUUCAGACACCUCAUUGAUCUUACCCAACCACCUCAUUCAAUUACAAAUAUACGUGACAACAACGAAAAAUAUCUUAAUAAUAAUUACUCAUGUCCAUACACAAGACAUUUUAGCAGUUUAUAUUUUGAUUCAAAAAUAUUUGAUACAGAAUUCAUUUAUAAGUCUAUAAUAUUAGAGAAUGACAAACAGAUAAAAAAAGAGAAUCGAUUUAUACGUGGCUAUGAUUUGGUCGAUUUGAUACAAAAGAACUAUUUAAAAAUACCCGAAAAGGGAAUAUCGCAGUCAAAUAACAAAUUUUUAUUGAACUGUAGUAUUGGUAUUGAUAAACAAAGUGAAAUUCUAAAUGAAAACUCGUGGUCCAUUAUUAGUAAUAAAAUCGACGAUUUUGAAUCAAAUGAAAAAAAUCCUCAAAAUGAUCAAAAUGAAGACCGUAAUUUUCCAAAAAUGUUAGCAUACAAUAACAACACUUUAGACAAAAUGAUAUUAGCACAUGCUUAUCAACAGCAAUUUGGUGAAAAGACCUUACUAUACAAUAUUGACGAUGUUUGGAAUGGGAAACGUAACAUGUUCAUGCCCUCGCAUAGUCAUGAGUUAGAAGCUGUAAAGUUGUUGUCAAAAUUAGAUAUAAGCCCUGAAAACAUACAAUAUACUAUUCAAAAACACAACAUUGAUUUGGAUGUAGCUGAUUCUCAAGGGAAUACUCGUCUCAUGAUUUCUUCCGCCAAUGACCAACAUGAAAUUAUUAAAUGUCUAAUUAAACUCGGCGCUGACCUAGAAUGCUACAAUGAUGUUGGCUUUACUCCUUUGAACCUAACUAUUAUGCGAUACAUAUGUUUGUUAAAUAACAUAAACUAUUGGACCGAAUAUUUAAUACCUCAUGUCGAUUUAAAAUUUAAUAUUAUAAAGGAAGAUCAACAUAUUACAUUAAAAAACAUUCAGAAAAUAAACUUCUUUCAGCCAGAAAAUUUAAAAAAUUUGAAAUUUACAGAAAUUGAUGAUAAUGUUGAAGAGACGACUUCAACGCCGAUUCAAGUAUCUACAAAAAAACGGACAUCAUUAGGCUCGGUUGAAGACACAAUAUUACUUUUGAUUAAUAUGGGUGCUAAAGUAACAACUUGCAUCGUUCCAAAAAUGACAAUUCAUUUAGCCUUGUUGACAAUAAAUUCGAACAUAAUGAAAUCCGUGUUCAAUGCUGGAGGAUCUCCAACUUAUACUUUAUCCGAUCAGAACUAUAAAUUUAAUUUAUUACACAUGGCUGUUGUGAUGCCCACAAGCUACAGCGUGGUCCAGUGUAUUAAAGUCUUAAUUGCACACUGUGUCAACCCAAAUUUAAAAGCGUUGCCUAUGUUUAGUAUUUUUCGACAUAAAUUACCAUGGAGUAAAAUAUCAAAUGAAAAAAAUGCUUCUAUGACACCUUUAGACAUUUUUUGCUUAAAAGAAAAUAUAUACGAAUUAGAUGAAGAAUUAAUUGUCGAUGAGCAAUCAGAAAAUGAAUUAGCCUCUAUACUUUAUGACAUUACGGAGAAAAGUCAUACUUAUUGUGGUUUUAAGCCCAUUGCUUUGGCUAUGUUGACAGGAAAAUUACAUUUGACCAAAAAGUUUUUGGAAAAAAAUAGAUCAGUUGUAAACGAAAAUAUUUCUGGUUUUGGAACUCUAUUGUCAUUAUUACUUAAUCCAUUUUACAACUUCAACUUAUCAAAUACAGAACUAAAUAAACUGUUGGAUUUGUUGUUAAAAGCAAAUUCAAAUCCCUUAAAGAUUGUUGAGAUUUUUGUUAAGAAAUUCAGAGGCAAUAUUUGUGAAUAUUAUACCAGUUUAUCUGAAUUAAAAAAUCUCAGCGGAGAAAAACACCCAUCGUGUAAUUCAAAUAUCACUGAAAUAGAGAAUAAAUUAAGAAAUUCCGGUAGACAAAUCUUAGAUGAAAUGUAUUCAAAAAGAGCUACUGUUGCACUAAUAAAUGAUUAUAAAAACCCUUUAUUAUCAGCUGAUGAGAAAAGGGCAAUGUUACGUUGGCUGACUUUGGGUAAUAUAAUGUUGACACAUCGAGCAAAAUUUGAGAAUAUGAUGCCAAAUACUCAGUUAUUUACAUUUAGAACUAAUUUAAAAGAGAAAACGAAAAAUGAAACAUACGCAUUGUGUUUACAAUAUAUGAAAUUAACAACUCGCAAUCAAAUUAUUCUCACCAAAGAAGAAAGUCAGGUGUGUUAUGAAUGUUUGCAACAUCAAUCGAAAACUAUGGAAGCUUGUUCAAAUUGUUAUUUUGCUCUACUUUGUUCAGAAUGUUGCAAAAAUCGACAUAAUAAAGAAUAUAAUUGUAAAAUUCAAAUGAGCCAGGGUCAUAUAGUUAAAUUUCAAAAUGAAUUAAAAAACAAAAAAAUUAAUAAAAAUUUAAAUUUAUCUUCAACACACCGUAUUUCUAUUGAAAAAUCUAUAAUGAAUAGUGAACAAUGGGAAAUUCGUGAAUACAUUUCUUCGUCUUUAGUAACAUCGAAGCUUUCAAAAACAUUAACAUCGACAAUGCAUUCACAGUUUUCGGUUUUUUCAAAAACAUCGGACUACUCAUCAUCAGACAAAGCAAGUACUUACUCUAAGCCGUCUAAGCAGCCACAAAACAAAAUUAUAAACAUAACCCACUCCACAAAAUCCGAAUAUAAAGAUGAUUCAAUCUAUUCUAGAAGUAAUGAAAUGUACAAUUCAGUAUCUUCGCAAAUCAGCAAUAAAAGAGUCAGAAAACGUAUUAACGGUCUGGAUAACGAUAAGAAGAAUUACGCUCACUCGGAUAUUGGUGAUACAAUUAAGGAUACUCGUAAUUACUCUAAGAACGCUAAGCGGUAUACGCAGUCUAAGCGAACUAAUAAAAUGUACAGUUCCGUAUCUUCACAAAAUAUCAAUAUCAGGGUCAGAAGUCAAAAUAACGGUCUAGAUUAUGACAAGAAAAAUUAUAUUCAGUCGGAUAAAGCGAAAUUGCAAAAUAAAAAUGAACAAAAUGACUGGAAAUCGCUUCGAAAAAAUUCAAAAAUUCGAGAUAAAAAUCAUAUUCUGAACAAUCGAGUAAAUGUUCUAUCUAUAUCUACUAUGAAGUACAGAUUGAUUAGAUCACCGGGUUGUUGGAUACCAAUAUUUAUGUUCAUCAACCGUGGCUCAUAUGAAGACGUAACUAUAUUAAAAAAUGUAAUAAGCCGCGGAACGCCAUAUAUUUUAAUGAUUGAAAAAAAUGGACGAGUUUACUACAAGAUAAAUGAUUAUCAAUAUGCCAUUUUGAAUAACUACAGUUUGAUAUAA